CGUUUCUUGCAACGAAGCUACGAUUGUCUCUGUUGGCGCGAUUAGGGAACCGCAUAUUUAUAAAACCGCAAAAUGCAAGAGUCCAGAUUCGAGAGAUCAUCUCCUCCUCGUUGAUUUUCCGGGCAGAUUGAAUUCGAGCAGUACCGACACCGGAAAAUGGCAGCCGUCGUGCGAGCUGCCGGGUAUAUCCUCGUCUAUGAUCGUCGGCUGCUCACGGCGGUCAAUGCCGGAGCCUCCAGUCUGUCGUUCGUGGGAUCAGGAUUCAUAGUGCUCUGCUAUGUCCUCUUCAAAGAGCUUCGCAAGUUCUCCUUCAAGCUUAUCUUCUACCUUGCCCUCUCCGAUAUGCUUUGCAGUUUCUUCAACAUGAUUGGGGAUCCGGCAACAGGAUUUUACUGUUAUGCUCAGGGCUAUAGCACGCAUUUCUUUUGUGUGGCAUCCUUCUUGUGGACCACAACAAUUUCAUUUACUCUUCACCGUACUGUUGUUAGACACAAAACCGACGUUGAAGAUUUGGAGGCUAUGUUUCACUUGUAUGUAUGGGGAACGUCGUUAGUAUUGACUGUCAUACGUUCUAUUGGUAAUCACCAUGGACAUUUGGCUACCUGGUGUUGGGCACAAACAGGGCGUACAGGAAAGGCUGUUCACUUUAUAACAUUUUACAUGCCGCUCUGGGGUGCAAUUCUCUACAAUGGCUUUACAUACCUCCAAGUGAUACGCAUGAUUAAUAAUGCUACCCGUAUGGCAGUUGGCAUCUCAGAUAGAUACCAGUCAGAUGCAAGAGCAGAUAAGAAGGCUUUGAACCGAUGGGGGUAUUAUCCACUCAUCCUCAUAGGGUCAUGGGCUUUUGGUACAAUCAACCGGAUUCAUGAUUUUAUUGAGCCAGGUCAUAAAAUCUUCUGGCUGUCGGUUCUUGAUGUUGGGAUGGCUUCUCUUAUGGGCUUGUUCAAUUCAAUAGCAUAUGGUCUGAAUUCUUCAGUGCGGCGAGCGAUAUCUGAAAGACUAGACCUGUUUUGGCCUGAAAAACUUCGGAGAUGGCUCCCCAGCAGUUCAAGGUUCAGAAACCAACAACAAGAAAGUGAACUGGUUUCCUUGAGAAGUCAAGAUCAGCCAUAGCGAAUUGGUAACAGAUGUGCCUCUAUCGGCAAGACCUCCUUUACAAGAUUUAUUUCGUCCGUUUUUUAAGAGGGCAUGUAAAUAGGAGCAGAGCAAUUCAUUGUGCGCAGGGUAAUGACCAUCCGUUUUGUCGAUGUCAUUUUCAUGAUCUGCUGCUUUUUGCGGGUACUGAUUCUUCGCUGUUCUCUGAUUGACAUUAUGGAGAAUUAGCUUUUUCUCAAGUGGUGAAUACAGAUCAGGGGUGGAAAAUCGUGGAAUAUAAAGCUUGGAUACUGAAUCUGUAGAUUGUAGAAAAAGAUUGGGCUGCCUGAUCAGAAUUCUCCUGUAUGCUAUUUUAUGCGCCGAAAAUUACCAAUUUUUCAUUGCUAAGCGCUCACUCAGCUUUAAUAUAUCAUCAUAGACCUUAAAAUAGAAUGUCGUCUCUCACUUUUACCAUAUCUAUACUUGUUACGACCUCUGCCUUAUUAGAUAUUAUUCACUGCAAAAGUUCAGAUAAGGCAAGCCAUUCACGCUACACUGCAACAGGUCACUCAUCUUAUUAUGCCAAAUUUUUUUGAAAAUUUUGUGUCCUUAAGUUUGUGGUUGGAUGUUCUAUUACAAAACUCUGAUUUGACACGUAAUUUUAUCUUAUCUUGUAAUUAUUAUUUAAUUUAGUGGGAUU